UUUUGAAGUGAGUAAGAGAGCAUCUUAAACCUAAGAAAAUGUCCCAAAUAAAUGCGGCCCAAACCAUUGAUUUGAUAAGCGAUCUUUGACGGAAUUUCUCGUCGAGAAAGCAGGAGACGAUUCUUCUUUCAAAACCCCCAAAAUCGAAGCCAAAUGCAGCAGGCAGUUCCUCCACCACCGGCUCAGGAGGCGGCGCCGCCGCCAGCGGGGAAUGCCCCGCCCAAGCAGGUGGCUCAAGCGUUGGAGCAGCUUGGUCAGGCGGGACGCCUGAUUGCCGAUGUGCGGCUGGGCGCGGACCGGUUACUGGAAGCCUUGUCCUUCGUGGCGGAGAAGCCUCACCACCAAUAUUCUGCUAAGUGUUUAAAUUUAAUCCUCAAAGAAGAAUCCCUAAUGCGCCAACACCUCGUGAACCUCCGCGCGAUUGGAAGACAGCUGGAGGAAUCUGGUGUUUUAAAUGAUUCUCUUCGUUCACGUAGUAAUUCUUGGGGUCUCCACAUGCCUCUGGUCUGUCCAGAUGGAGCUGUUGUUGCCUAUGCAUGGAAGCGCCAACUUGCUGGCCAGGCUGGUGCAUCUGCUGUUGACAGGACUAGGUUGGCACUUAAGGCGUUCACAGAUCAAAAGAGGCAAUUUUUCCCGCACCUUGCUGAUGAUUCUGUUGUAGAAUCAGCAACAAAGAAGCAUUGCAGUCCUCUGCCAAUAUCUUAUGAAGAGAUUGGUGAUCUGAAAACAGUUGGUGAUAUUCUGUCGCAUCUGGAGAAAGAAGUUCCGAAUCUGCAAGCAUCUACAUACCAGCGAAUGGAUUGGUUAAAGCGGGCAUCAUCUUUGCCCUCUGCUGCAAAUGAAAGCUCAACCGAGUCUACAAAAGAUCUUAGCUUCCCAAGCACAAGCAAAUGGAGACAAAGGUCAGAAAUGCAUGCUGCAGAUGAAGCUGCUGUGAUUGAGUUACUUCUCCCCUCUGUUUUCAGAGCAUUAGUAUCGCUACACACAGCAGGAUCCAUUGACCCUGAUGCAGUAGCUUUCUUUUCACCUGAUGAGGGUGGCAACCAUUUGCAUGCAAGAGGUUUUUCAUCUCAUCAUGUAUUUAGGCAUGUUUCGGAACAUGCUUCUAUGGCUCUGCAGUUGUUUAUUUCUGCCCAUCCGAAAAUGGCCUUGCAUCUUCUGCUGGUACCUCCAGAUGAUCUGGCAAUUAAAUAUAUGAAGGUAAAUAUUCCUAUGCUCGUUUCUUCCUCGUUGAUGAGUAUUUCCAUAGUAGUGAGUUAUUGGUGAUUACGACUGUGCAGCAAGUGUGGGAAGCUACUAGCAAUGGACAAACAAUCGGGGUUGGUAUUGCCUCCUGUGAAGCGCCCUUACCGCUUAACUGCUGGUAGAAGUACGCCAAAGAAUUCGCCUACUAAAUGUAACCUGGAUCUUAUUCAGGCGUUUCACAUAGGCUGCUUUUCAGAGGAUGCAUAGUUGCCAUUCUCUCUCUCAUGUUGUAGAUUGUAGAAUGAGGCUCUGUGGUGAGGAGGUUUGCUAUUAAGAAACUUUAGCUGUUACCAGGAUAACUGUCAAACACGCAAUCUUUUACAUUGUAUAUUACAAUAACUGUUUGUUUCUCUU